UCUCUCUCUCUCUCUCUCUCUCUCUCUCUCUCUCUCUUCUCUCUUCUCUCUGUGUGUGUGUAUGUUGGAAGUGAAUGAAACGAAGAUGGUUAGAAGUUGUUGAAGAAGACGAAGAAGAAAGUAGAAGAGGACUUUUCUUCGUGUGUUAAGGUGGUGGAAAGUGAUUACCCCAUUUGAUGCACUAUACACGCAACUGCUCCAAUUCUCUUCCUCCACUCAUUUUUCUUUCUAUUUCUCACUCGGAAGAGAAAAUCAUAGAAAGUGACGGAAAAUCCCAAGUUGGAGGAUAUGGAUUCUCGGAACCUGAUAGAAAAAGAGGGUACCCAGAAAAUCUCUAUUUCUGAUCAAAUAAACAGCUUACAGUACACAAGCACGAAAUCUGAUAGCUUUGUAGUGGAUAUGGAACGUUUCUCUCACCUCACCAAUAAAGCCAUCGCACCAAACUCAAGAAUCACUUUGCAGAGAAGCCUUUCAAGAAAAAUUUCACAGCAAGGCGAUGAGAGGAAGAUUAAUUCAGGUGCUGGCAAUGAAAAAGACACCAGUGUUGUUGCUAGCUCUUCAACAAAAGCUGCUUUAGUUGCGGUUGGGAUGCCUGAAAAACCCAUGGUUGUGACAGUGGGGGCCACCGAUCAUCCCAUCAACCCCCAAGUCCAUCAUCAAAUCACCAUCAUGACUGGCAACAUAAGCACCCCUACUGCCAAAAGCAAAAGUGGUGGCCGGAGAUUCAGCUUCAGGCGCUCCUCUCCCUCUUGGGCCAUUGACCCCAGGAGGAUCCUUUUGUACUUUGCCACCUUUUCAAGCAUGGGAACCAUAUUACUAAUCUACUUCACUCUCUCCAUGGGCAAGCUGAGUGGGGAUGACAAUGCUCUCAAUUGGUAACACCACCACAUAGCUGUGGUGGUACAAGCUAGUAAAGCCCAUGAGACAGGAUUGCUGCAGAAAAGAAGGAAAAAGAGCUUGAAACUUGAAGACCACAGAAAAAGCCAACAGAAGCUCCAUUAGCAAGGGCUUCAAAUUCAGCAGUUCUACUUUUUCUUCGGGGCCGCCUUAUCUUACACAGCCUUGUAGAUGAAGAUAAGGCAAUAAAGCCUUAGAAAAAAUAGGGGAAUCUUCACUUUUAUCUCAAUGAAAGAGAUCAAAACACAUUCUAUGUAUAGCUUUUGAAUUAGUUUUGUGUAAAAGCUUAAUUGAGGACCAGAAAAGUUACCUUUGCUCUAUUCCAUCUCCCCUUUCCUUCCCCAACAUCUUCAAACCUCUUUUGCUAUUUUGUGGAGUCUGAUAUCAGCUUCUUUUCCUUUUCUUGUAUGUUGCUUUCAUAUGAGUAGGAACAGAGCGCCACAAAUAGUCCUA